UAGUCUCUCUGGAUCUCGUACUUCAUUCUUCAUUUCUGCUCGAGAGAAGCAAGUAUAAACAUAAGAGUUCAUCAAGCGAUCUGUUCACAAAAGUUUCACAAGAAAGUAAACAAGAAGACUAAGGAAAGAAAAACAAAUGGAAUGCAUUAUUUCCAUUGCAGAAGAAGUUGAUGAAAUUGUCCGAGCGCUAUGUGGCUUCUUGUGCUGCAAAGGCAUAAACAUGGCUACACAGCAACCAUCGUAUGCUUCAGGUAUUUCCCCAAACUCUUCAAAAGAUAUUGAUGACAGAGAGGAACAAGAAGGAAAUUUAUGUCGAAAUCCACAUUCAAAAAUUAUCUCCAAGAUUUACUCUUCAGAAAAUAUUGAUGCCGUGGAACAACUACAAGAAAUAAAUAAUAAGGAUGUGGUGGAGCUACUACAAAGAAAAAUUAAUAUGAUUAUUUUCUGCUUCUGUUCAAAUGCAAAUAAGAUACAAAAGAUAUGUCCUCUUCUAUUGCUAUAUUGCUUUAGGAGAUGUUAAUACGAUGCAGAUACUGCAAUAUAUUAAAAUCUAUAAUGGAUCCAUGUUUAGGCAUGUCAUUUACUUUUUAUCUUAAUAUUUAUGUUUAGGUUAUUUUCAUUUAUGUGAUUUGAAAUUUGAAAAUAAAUACAAUAUUAAUCAAUUAUAAAAAAUAAUAUUUUAUAGUGAAAAUUGACAUUUUGCCGUCAUUUUUAGUUCUAUCACUUUAUAGUAAUUUAUGUUGUUUGAUGAUGUAAAAGCUAAUGUAAUCAACAAAUUUAUAACUAUAAUAUUCAUUUCUUUAACAAUAAAUUGAAUGUUAGUAAGACUUGAUAAGGAUUUUUCAUGUGACAUAUAAUCUUUGUAAUUUUAAAUUUUAGAGGUCAAAGAAAACUCUCGCAUAAUUUUAAACAUAUUCUAAUUUAAACUAUUAUAAGUAAAUUAGAUGAGCAAUACACUAGCUAUAAAUUUGUUGUCAAAUCAGUGGUUUUCUUUUUAUUAUAUGUAAGUUGUAAAAUUUUAUAAUUUGAUACAUUAGUAAUUGACAUAUUGAAUAUUUUAUAGAUGUGGUGUUUGUAGGCGAAAGGACUAUUGAAGAAACUAUUCUUAUAAAACAAUGUAAUACAUUUGGUGUUGGAAACAAAUUAGAGGAAGGUUACACAAUUGAGUUUAGUUUUGUUUACAAUGAUUGCUAUAGGAUAUUUUGUUCAAUUGUGUGUUUAAUUAGCACUAUUAUGAAUGAAGUGCAUAUCAAGAAAUUAUUCCACUUCAACUUUUGAAUUAUAUUUUUCCUUUAAAAUUUGAGCAACUUUGGUAGGCCAUUUUGCAAUCCUAUUUGGAUGUUUUCUAUCAACAUUCCAUCGAUUACUUUCAAAUAUUAGUUUCUUGUAUGGUAUUUUUUUUUAUUUGCAUCCAUUUUGACCAUGAAAUGACUAAAGAAGUGCUGUACAUUAUGUUUUAUGAUUUCGGUUGCAGAUUGAGACUAAAUUAAUUUUAAAUGAUUUAUGCCAAUGGCCGAAGCGAGUUUCAUUUGUCAUAUGUUGUAUAUUUUUCACCUUUAUAAUGUUAUCUUUUCCUUUUCCAUUUUGUAAGCUUAAGGAAUAUGCUAUAUAUAUUUUUUGUUUCAAGUUUGAAUUUCAUAAGCUUGUGACUUAGAAAUCAUCUCUUUCCAUUUUUUUUUU